CAUUUAUAAGACGCAAAAGAAAGUAGCGUGUCUGUGCAUCUCAGUUACAGGUAUAUAUUGAUCCUUGGUUAGGUGGUGAGUGUUCCAACUGUUGAAUUGGAAAGCUGAAAAUGGCAGUGAUGGAGAAUUCAAAACCAACGGUGGAGAUCAAUGGACUGAAGUUCACAUAUCCAGGGAUCGACGGUCAUCCUCCGCCGGGUUCUACUCCACUGAUUGACGAUUUCUCACUUACUCUCAAUGCUGGAGAUCGCUGCCUUCUUGUCGGAUCAAAUGGCGCCGGCAAAACGACGAUAUUGAAGAUACUCGGAGGAAAACACAUGGUAGAGCCUCACAUGGUGAGGGUACUUGGCAGGUCUGCUUUCCACGACACCGCUUUGACCUCCUCUGGUGAUCUCAGCUACCUUGGAGGAGAGUGGAGGCGGGAGGUUGCUUUUGCAGGGUUUGAUGUUCCAAUACAAAUGGAUGUUUCGGCAGAGAAAAUGGUAUUUGGAGUAGCAGGUAUUGAUCCUCAAAGAAGAGCUGAACUAAUCAAGGUCUUAGAUAUUGAUCUGUCAUGGAGAAUGCAUAAGGUAUCUGAUGGUCAGAGAAGACGUGUUCAAAUUUGUAUGGGUCUCCUCAGGCCUUUCAAGGUCCUUCUUCUGGAUGAGAUAACAGUUGAUCUUGAUGUGCUAGCAAGGGCUGAUCUCCUCAAGUUUCUGAAGAAGGAAUGUGAAGUGCGUAGUGCCACAAUUAUCUAUGCUACCCAUAUAUUUGACGGUUUGGAGAACUGGCCAUCUCAUAUUGUGUAUGUGGCUCAUGGGAAGUUACAAUUGGCAAUGCCAAUGAAUCAAGUUAAGGAGAUUAGCAAGCUGUCACUAAUGAGAACAGUGGAGAGUUGGCUGAGGAAGGAAAGAGAUGAGGAGAGGAAAAGAAGAAAAGAAAGAAAGGCAAGUGGUCUUGCUGAAUUUGGAGAACAAGUUGAGGGAAGCCGUGUAACUGGGGAUCCAGCUCGUGCAGCCGUUCGUGCACUGAACAACGGUUGGGCUGCAGGAAGGCUGCAGUCCACAGUUGCUGGUGAAGAGAACUUUUUCUUGAGCUCAAACAGAGUUCUGAGGUAGUUGAUGAAGUUAUCUCAAAACAAGUUCUCGGAUUUUUCCACAAUUCAUUUCAAUAAUUAGU